AUGUUACUGGACGCGGGUCACUUGGGCGCGUUCUCUCGCCAUCAUCACCCAGCGGGCGACUCUCAUGACCGGGAUGGGGGUUACGCAGAAGCGGCGCAUAUGGGCGCAUUCAAGCUAAGCCACGGGGAUCUGUCUCCCAGUCCGCAGGCUCCUGGUUACCCCACUCUGGGAUCAUCAUACAGCGGAUCUGCGUUUGGAACAGCGCGGGACUUUCUGCUGCGCGGCCGCGGCUUUGCUGAUCCGGAGCGCGGAUUGUUCAGCCCGGCGACCGGCGCUCUCCAUCACUCACACGCAGACGCACAGAGUCAUCUGCUCUUCUCUGGCUUCCACGAUCAGCACAGCUCCACCAACAACGGUCUGUUUGCGCGGCCGGAUCAGUACCACCCGGUGCCCAAUGCGCGCCCUGAUCCGUACGGACUCAAUGUAGCGGCGGCGCACCACCACCCUCAUCACCCGCACCACCACCCGCAUCAUCCGGCCGCGUUUUUCCGCUAUGUGCGCCAGCAGUGCGUCAAGCAGGAGCUCGUGUGUAAGUGGCUGGAGAGCGAGAAGCGUCGCUGCGGCAGGACCUUCGGCACCAUGCACGACCUGGUGGCGCACGUCUCAACCGAGCACGUCGGCGGCCCCGAGCAGUGCAACCACGUGUGUUACUGGGAGGAGUGCCCGAGAGAGGGCAAGGCCUUCAAGGCAAAGUACAAACUGGUCAACCACAUUCGCGUGCACACCGGGGAGAAGCCGUUUGCGUGCCCGUUUCCAGGCUGCGGCAAGGUGUUUGCGCGCUCUGAAAACCUGAAGAUACACAAGAGGACGCAUACAGGAGAAAAACCUUUCCUGUGCGAGUUCGAGGGCUGUGACAGACGUUUCGCCAACAGCAGUGACCGCAAGAAGCACAUGCACGUGCACACAUCUGACAAGCCCUACCUGUGCAAACUGUGUGACAAGUCCUACACCCAUCCCAGCUCCCUGAGAAAACACAUGAAGGUUCAUGAUGAGCAAAGUCAAGUCAAUGAAGCCUCACCAGCUGGAAGUUCUGGCUACGAGUCGUCGAGUUUGGUGUCACCUUGUUCGGAAACGCAGAGCACCACCAUGUCUCCCGACUCGGCCAUAAUGAACAGCAGCGGCCACAGCAGCAUAGCCUCCAAUUUUAGUGAGUGGUAUGUGUAAAAACGACCACAAACUUAUGGACUCAAAGACUAAGAGCCACUGCAAAGAACUGCACCAGAAAGACCAGUAAAAAAAAUGGGAUAUGGCCACAAAGGGUAGGGCUGGUUGGAUACAAUAAGGCCGCAAUACAUAUUUCAGAGCAUUGUUGGUGGAUCUAUUUUUAUACCAAUUGUUUAAAUUUCCCAUCAUUUUCAGGUUAUAGAUAUAUAAUUCAUUUUGUGAACAUUAAAUAACAUGUUAUCAUGAUGUGGUAUCAUCGUGCUAGUGAACUCAACUCCAGCAAAAG